GUCUCCAUCCCAGUGGCUAGCAGUAAGUGCGUACCUGCUUCUCUCUCUCUCUCUCUCUCUCUCUUUUUCUCUCUUUCUCUCUGUUGAACUACUUGGACUGCACAGCCAAAUCGUGCUCCCGGUGCCGGACGAGUUGUUUGAUCAGCCCGGUCACAUUCGGGAGAAAAAGGGCGGUUGAACAACGGACGGGCUGCAGGGCGGGAGAGAACCUUCACAUCAUAACAAAUACCUAGGGCUCCUAGCUCCUCCUCCUGUUUUUUUUUUCUUUUUCACGUCCUACGGUUUUUGGGGACUGGAAAAAGCGGAAGAAAGUCAGUAGUCCACCCUCCGUUUCGAAUCAUUGAUAUGCAAGAGCAUCCGGCUACUGGACAGUUGUAGUAGUGACCUGGUCGGAAUCGAUGAUUCGAAUCCCUGCGCCCUCCGGAAUUCAGAAUUCAACUUGAACGGGACAGUUUCUUUUGCGGUUGGCCCGUUUUCCUUUUUUUUUUUCUUUUUUCUUUUUUACUUCCGUUGUGUUGUUGCCCGUGAUGGCCGGUUACGCUCUGGGCUUGUGCGGAAGAGCCGCCGCCACCGCCGCCGGAAUCCGCGAUCAUUUCAGUGCUGACGAGUCUUCGUCCGCCUCUUGGAUGGUUCUGCCGCCAUAUUCGCAUCAUCAAUACCCUGGCGGUCCAGGAAGUUUAACGGCAGCGGCGGCCGCCGCCGCUGCCAUGGCCGGAACCCUGGUCGGUCACGCCAGUAUGGGACACCACCACUCGGCCGUUGCGGAUUACUCCGCAUUGGCUUCGUCGCUCCAGCAGCAACAGCAGCAGCAGCAGCAGCAACAACACCAGCAACAGCAGCAGCAACAACAGCAACAACGUCGCUCACCUCUCUCCUCCGCUGCUUACACUCAUUCAUGUAUAUUGGAGAUGCGUAAAGAGAAAUCACGAGAUGCGGCGCGGUCCCGUCGCGGCAAAGAAAAUUACGAAUUUUACGAACUGGCCAAGAUGUUACCUCUUCCGCCGGCCAUCACUUCCCAACUGGACAAGGCGUCCAUCAUUAGGUUGACUAUAUCAUUCCUCCGGCUGAAGGAUUUCUCCAGCAACGGCGACCCGGCCUGGAUCAAGGAGUCACUUUCGUCAAUCUCAUCCGCCAAUUCAAAUUCCUCGUCAAACGUAACGUCGUCCACAGGGUCAUCGUCGGCAUCAGGAUCCUCUUCCUCAUCAUCGAACAAGGCCAACAAAGGUAACAGUCGUUCGAGAUCCCACCAACAUAAUCAACACCAGCAGCAGCAGCAGCAGCAUCCGCACCACCAAAUGCAGCUGCAGCAUCAUCAACAACACAACUCGAUACCGGCCAACAUUCACGUCGAGUUGUUCGACCAGCACCAAGGCACGCACAUCUUGCAGAGUCUGGACGGCUUCGCUUUUUCCCUGGGCUCCGACGGACGAUUCCUCUACAUCUCCGAAACGGUGUCCAUCUACUUGGGCCUGUCACAGGUCGAGAUGACCGGUAGCAGUGUCUUCGAUUACGUCCAUACCGCAGAUCACGCCGAAUUGGCCCAACAACUGGGCCUUACACUGGCCACUAAUCAGACCCACCAGUCUGCCAGUUCUUCUGCGACAAGCUCGUCUCAACAACUGCCACCGUCGCCUGCUUCUGGCACUGGAAGUGUUGAUGAUGGAAACUCUUGCAUGAAUCCUGAUGUGACUUCGCUGAUGAGUCUUGAGAGUAAUUCGGCCUAUCAGGGCCUUGACCGUUCCUUCUGCAUUCGAAUGAAAUCGACACUAACGAAACGCGGCUGCCACUUUAAAUCGUCCGGCUAUCGGGUGGUGAUGGUUCUCUGUCGACUUCGGCCACAAAGCCAAGCGUAUACAGCCGGUAAAUCCGGAGUUGGGCAGCCGAGUAGUGGCCCGCAAGGCCAGAACCAACCGGUUCCUUUACUCGGAAUGAUUGCUAUGGCUAUUGCCCUACCACCGCCUACCGUUCACGAAGUUCGGCUUGAGCCGGACAUGUUUGUUACGCGACUGGCAUUCGAUUUGAGGAUCAUUCACUGUGAACCAAGGAUUGCCGAGCUCCUGGAAUUCGUCGCUGAAGAUCUGACAGGCAGGAGUCUUUAUACUUUAUGUCAUGUGGAAGAUGUCCGCCUAUUGCGUAAAGCCCACACUGAUUUGAUGCAUAAAGGACAGGUGAUGACACCCUACUACCGGAUCCUAAAUCGUCACGGAGGAUUCACCUGGAUUCAAUCUUGUGCUACAGUAGUUUGUAACUCAAAGAACGGUGACGAACAGAGCAUCGUCUGCGUCAACUACGUUCUCAGCCGAACGGAAAUGAAAAAUCUGGUAGUGGAUCAGUGCCAGCUGGAAUCGGCGCCCAUCAUCCAAAUUAAACCAACCAUUUUCAAAACCGAUCACGGUGCGUCGGACGUCCUCCAUAGUUCGCCGGAUGGGUCCAGUUCCGAAAGCUCGGAAUCUUUACCGAAAAGCGGAACGACUUUGAUCGAUCCGCAUCGAUCGUCCGUGCCGAGCUCCGAACAGAGUCGGCCAUCUUCCGAGGUUGAAGUAGAGGUCGUUACGGCUCCACCGGAAGAAUCUGUUUCGUCGGGAAUGAGGACCAGUCGCGGUCCUUCCGGGCGCCAUCACCACCAUCGAUCCGCAAAACGAAAAUACGAAGAUCUGGUGUCGGUUCCGUCAGCGACCGACAGUUCAAUGAUUGGCCUCGACAGCAACAAUCAACAUCAUUCUACAGACAAUUCAAACAGUAACGAGAGCGCAUCCAUCCAAGAUCAGCAAAAUCCCAACACAUUGACUGAUCACCAAAGCGAAGUCGACGUGGCUCGCUGGAAGAGGCUUUACGCUGGUGCCAUGGAAAACGAAUCUCUUCAGGAUCGGGACCUUGAUGGAAAUGGACUGAAUGGAAAUACCACAGAUUUCAGUACCGAUGCACUUCUUUCAAACGGUAAGCCACGAUCGACUAUUCAAUGGAUCGGCGCUCCGCCAGUGCCGUCGGGUUCGUCCUCGUCAGCUGCGACGGCCGCUGCCCUGUCGGUUCCGUCGUUGCUCCGCCAGCUCUACGCCAGCAGGGAGAGCGUUAUACGCGCCAACGUUCACGCAGCUGCGGCCGCAGCGGCCGGACGCACUCCGUCUGGCUAUUUUUCCAAUGGAGAAACGCUGCCGACUCCACCUACCGGCGUCAACGGUGGCAAUGACUAUCCCGGUGACGUCUUCCCGCCUACCUCUUCUCACUCUUACCACUCCGCAGCCACCGGAAGCUUUUUACCGGAAUAUCUGCCGGCCAUGACACCUCCGUCGUCAGUUUCGCCUCGCGACGCAGCCGCUGGCGCUCUUUUCGCCGCCGAGGCUUCGUUACGUCAUUCGGCGUACAGUGGUGUGGGUUCGGCGGAGUCUUCCUACUCUGCCAAUCCGACACAACCACUGGCAUUGAAGCCUCACCAUCACGUCCACUAUGGCCAUGGUUCCAUCGAACAUCACCACCAUGCCCACCACCAUCACAAUUCAGGCGGAUCCCAUCAUCAGUAUGCUUCCGUCCAGCCCCUGGUGUCCGCCGACGCGGGCCAGUUCUAUUCUCAUACACCUUCCGGCUUCCACCUCUACCAUCCGCAGGUGUCCAAGUCCUCGUCAGCGUCUUCAGUCAACAAUUCAGCCACAUGGUAUCCCAACUAAUGUCGAUUCAAUGAAAUCAGGUGCUUUAUUGCAUGGGUUUAUUAUUCCGAACAACAAAUUGAUUGAAAUCAUGAUAUGUUGAAUUGAAGUGCAAGAAUUGUUGUGAGUUGAUUGAGAUCCGAAUAGUAAUAUGUUUAUUGGGUAGUUUUUUUCCUUACGUGUAAUGUAUUCGAAUUCACCUGAAUUUCAUUGAAGAGUCGGCGUGCUAAUUCUUGCCUAAAACGAACUACACAACGUCAGUUCUCCCAACAAGAUGUGUAUUAAAAAAAAAAAUUAUAAUAAGCAUAACGCCAUCAAACAAUAAGUAAUCGUGGCCCUUUAAGUAAAUAAUAAUCCGACAACAUUCACAUGAUUUGGAAAAUGUUCAGUGACUAGUCUUUGUCCCAUUAAAAAAGAAUUCCAUGUAGCCAGUUAUAUCAUGAACACAUAAACGUUGUGCUAAAUAUCUCUCUGAAAAAUUGUACUGUACAUUUAUUCAUACAGUUGUAAUCAAUCGUUAGGCUUCUCCCCUUUUUAUUGACAACGGAUUGAUAUAGAAACUUGAUUGAUUUUUUUUCACUGUCUUGUUAUUGACGUGCUUUGAAUAACCAUGAUGAACGCGGGUUGAGACGAGAAAACAAUCGUCAAUUGAGUUAGUGUGCAAAUCUGCUAUAAAAAUAUAAUCAUUUUAGUAGAGUUAAAAACCGGCAUGCACUAAGAUCUAUGACUUAUUUAUUUCAUAGACAACUUGCAAAAUCAACUUUCUGUGUUCAUGUCCUCCCUUUACUUUGAAUGUAUGUGAAUCUUUUUGUAUACAUCUCUUAUUCAGAACAAAAUAUCUCUGGCUUAAUUACUACUGUCAGUUCGUUCUUUUUUUUUUAAAAAUUUUUAAUACACACACCUAUUACGGA